CAGCACGCCCACCGCUUCUUUCCUUUCCCUCGGACGCGCCAGCAGGACCCUAUCCGCAGCUGACCGUAGCCAUGGCGCUGUUGAAGACCAGCAAGCUUGUCUCCGCCGUCGGAGCUUUCUCCCCGUCCCUGGGGGUCUUCCCCUCUCGGGCAAGCUCCUGGUGGACCGAGGUGCAGAUGGGACCCCCAGAUCCCAUUCUCGGGGUGACGGAGGCGUUCAAGCGCGACACCAACCCCAAGAAGAUGAACCUGGGUGUGGGGGCAUACCGUGACGACAACGGAAAACCCUUUGUGCUCAGCUGUGUCCGCAAGGCAGAGGCUCUGAUUGCCUCUAAACAGCUGGAUAAGGAGUACUUGCCCAUCGGUGGUUUGGGGGACUUCAGUAAGGCCUGUGCUGAACUGGCUCUGGGAUCCGACAGCGAGGUGCUCAAAAGCAAACGGACCAUAACAGUCCAGACCAUAUCAGGCACUGGAUCACUCCGGAUCGGAUCCAACUUCCUGUCUCGUUUCCACACGGUGGCGAAGGACGUGUAUCUCCCUAAGCCGUCUUGGGGGAACCACACCCCCAUCUUCCGUGACGCGGGCAUGCAGCUCAAGUCCUACCGCUACUACGACCCCACAACCUGUGGCUUCGACUUCACCGGGGCCCUCGACGACAUCUCGAAAAUUCCAGAGCACAACGUGAUCAUGCUGCACGCAUGCGCCCACAACCCCACUGGGGUCGACCCCCGGCCGGAGCAGUGGAAGGAGAUGUCAGAAGUCAUCAAGAAGAGGAAGCUGCUGGUGUUCUUUGAUAUGGCCUAUCAGGGUUUCGCCAGCGGGGACAUCGACCGCGACGCCUGGGCCGUGAGGUACUUCAUCGAACAGGGCCACAACGUCCUCCUCUCCCAGUCCUUCGCCAAGAACAUGGGCCUCUACGGUGAGCGUGUGGGAGGGUUCACAGUGGUGUGUGCGGACGCAGAGGAGGCUAAGAGGGUGGAGUCUCAGCUGAAGAUUCUGAUUCGUCCCAUUUACUCCAACCCGCCUAUGAACGGAGCACGCAUCGCCUCCACCAUCCUCCACACACCUGAGCUACGCUCACUCUGGCUGGACGAGGUGAAGGGUAUGGCUGACCGCAUCAUUAGGAUGAGGGAAAUGCUGGUGACCAACCUGAAGAAGGAGGGGUCCACACACAACUGGCAGCACGUCAUUGACCAAAUUGGCAUGUUCUGCUUCACUGGACUUAAACCUGAACAGGUGGAGCGCCUGACCAAGGAAUUCUCUGUGUACAUGACCAAAGACGGACGCAUCUCGGUUGCUGGCGUGACGUCUGGGAACGUGGAAUACCUGGCACAUGGCAUCCACCAAGUCACAAAGUAGAGCAAUGCAUGCUGGGAGGGGAAGUCCAGUCAGAGCCACACACAUCAUUUCCUGUUUCUGUUUUCAAUCCUGCAUACAGCAGCCGUCUGAUUGGCUGCUGGUUCCCCUUUGACCUGGAAGAGAUGCUCAUUGUGUGACCUCAUGAAAUGUUCUGUCAUACAACCAGUUGCAAUCUCUUAAGCUGAAAAAUAACAUCCUUUUAAACUCAUCUGUUUCUGUACAGCUCUUGUUUUGAGUGUUUGUGUGUGUGAUGAGAUUAUGUGUAAUCAUGUGAUUCUGUAAUUUGACCCUCAUGCUACUUUGAGAUUUUCAUACUGACCGUCAUUUCCUGCUCUUACAAAGGGUCACGCUACAUCCUAUCUGUUUGUAGUCCAAGGAAUGUACACACACACACACACACACACACUAAUGAUGCUCCUGUCACACAUGUACCCCACACACACACACACACACACACACACACACACACACACACACACACUAAUGAUGCUCCUGCCACACCUCUACCUGUACGACACACACACUCUGCUCUGAGAGUGUGUGUAUGUGCUGAGAAGUGGUUUAAGGGUCUGCUGUUGACGGUGCCUGGUUCCCUGGGGCUGCUGUCCCGCGUUUCUCUGGUUUACUGUACCGCACUUUACCUUUGGCACUUAGAUGAUGUGGUUUUAUCUCCUCUUUCUGUGGCUCAGCUGGCAUUACAAAGGCAGGGUACACCUCAGUCAUGCUACACACACACACACACACACGUACGUGUAUGAUGAGGUUAACGGUUUCAAACAAAGUGCUUGUAUGUUUUUGUGAACAUGUGUGAAAAACACACACACACUCAUAACUGUUUGUACUCAUCAGUUGUCAAUAAACUGCGCUCUGGUA